CUGAUAGUGAAAGUUUUUAUACUCUGUGUCUGCUAGUCAAUAAGUUUUUUGAAUUAAAACAUUAGUUUUUAGUCAAUGAUCGAUAGUUGAAGUCAACGAUGGAUCGCAACAGUAUUUUUGUGUUACCGGAAGAUGCUCCGGGUACAUUCGACAAAGACGACACAUUACCUUCGUUGCCAUUGCCGAAGCUUGAAGAGACUCUCGAACGAUAUUACGAAAGUUUGAAGCCUUUUGGGACGCCGGAAGAGUUAAAAAACAGCAGAAAAGUGAUUGACGACUUUAAAAAUGGAAUUGGAAAGAAAUUACACGCUUUGGUCGAAGAAAAAGCGAAAAAAUCCAAAAAUUGGGUCGAAGAAUGGUGGGAAAAUUUGGCAUAUCUCUCGUUACGUCUCCCGCUGAUCCCGUGUUGCUUGAUGUCGACAACUGUCAUUGGCGAAAGUGUCGGAAUUCCCGAAACGCCGGAACAUUUUCUCAAAACUUGCGCUUUGUUGGCGUAUCAGACGAUGACUUUUUGGCAUUUAAUUCGCAGCGAACGCAUGAGACCGCCCUCAAAUCCCGACGGAUCGAUAAUUUUUUCCGCAAAUCUCUUUAAAAGACUUUAUAACACGGUUAGAUUGCCCGGCGAGGAGAUGGAUGAGAUCAAAUCUUACUUUAAAACCGCCAAAGAAGGCAAAGUCCCGUCACACAUCAUCGUAAUUGGCAACGGGAGAUUUUUCGUACUAAAAGGCACCCAUGAAGACGGCAGUAUUUUAUCCAUCGCCGAGCUUUAUCGCAGUUUUCAGAUUAUCAACUCGGAAAUUUUGGAGAACAAAACUCACAAAUAUCCCUACAUUCCGCUUUUGACGCAAGAUGAACGUCCGAAUUGGCAUAAAAAUCGAUCGCGGUUGAUGGAGUUGUCGAAAAAUAAUAAAAAUAAUUUGGAAUUGAUUGAAUCGGCGAUUUGUUUGACGGUUUUGGAUGAUCGCAUGCCAAGAAAUUAUUCGGAAUGCACGCAACAAACGAUGGCAGGCGGGAUUUCGACGUGGGCUGAUAAGUCGGCGACUUUGGUGAUGUUCAGAAAUGGCAAAAUUGGAUGUCUUGCGGAACAUGCGUGUUUCGAUGGAAGCGUUUCAGCAAUGACGAACUUUUUUAUUAUGCUUGGGUUGUUGGAACAAGGUCCCAUUGAUUGGGAUAUCGUGCCAGAUAAGAUUGAAGUACCGAAAGAGCUGAAAUUUGACUUGGAUGAAGCGAUUUUGAAGGAAAUUGAUCGCAUGGAAGAAGUUUAUGAGGAAAAUUUAAACGUCGUUUCCGUGAUCGUUCAUUGCUUCCAAGGAUACGGCAAAGAACUCAUGAAGGCAGCAAAAAUUCAUCCCGACACUUUCGUGCAAUCCGCAUUACAACUCGUCUAUUAUCGUUUGCACGGGAAAAUGGCUCCAACCUACGAGACAGCUACAAUGCGCGCCUUUUAUCGCGGAAGAACCGAAACUGUUCGUUCUUGCAACAUGGAUAUGGUUGAAUUAUGCAACGCGUGGUUUGACUCAAAAACUCCCGCAAAAACUAAAGUCGAUCUUUUCCGAAAAGCCUCGAAAGCGCAAUACAAUUUAAUGUUAGAUGCUCGAAAGGGAAAAGGCAUCGAUCGUCAUUUAUUUGGACUUUGGUGUGCAGCUUACGAAAAUAAAAUUCCCAUUCCUGAACUUUAUGACGAUCCGUUGUACGCGAAAAGCGGCGGCGGAGGAAAUUUCGUUCUUUCGACAAGUACUCUCGGUUAUACGAUAAAUAUUGGAUGCGUGGCUCCCAUGGUUGUCGAUGGAUAUGGCGUUUUUUACAGUAUGUUGCGUGAUUGUUGCUGGCUGAUGAUCACAACGUAUAAAAGUAGCAACGAAACGAGUUCGGAAAAGUUUCAAACGGCAUUCGAUGAGGUUAUGAUGGAAGUUAAGGAAGUUUUUGAAGCGAGCGGAGUGUUGAGUAAAAUGUAAAAAUUCUAUUUGGUGACGUUUUUUUACUACUUUUUCGUAUUUUGAUAAGAAAUUUGUUAUUUUUUGUUUUUAUUUUUUAAAGAAAAUUGCAAUAUUUUGUUAAAUAUUUGAACGGA